AUGCUGUUUCCAGAUCACUACUUCUUUACUGAAAGACGUUUGGUAAACCAUACUAUCGAAACAAGAAAAGUCAAGAACUUGGAUGACUGUGAGCUUUUGUGCUACCUGAACGACAGUUGUGUCAGUCUUAACUUCAAAAAAGAUCCAGGGAAUAAUCCAGAGAACGACAAAUCAGGUCACAUCUGUGAACUAAACAACGCCACACAUCUGAAAUAUGACAAUGACUUUACAACGAAUAUUCUUUUUUACUAUCGUGGUUCGAAGGUGAGUUAUAACUAGAAUUUACGAAUUUGUCGUCUUAGGAUAACAUAUUCACAAUAACUGACGUUUUGCAAAAUUUUCGCUCUUUCUAUCCCGAAGGUAAUUUGUUCGUUCAUUUAAUCCGUCGAUCUUUCUUUGGUUAUUUCAAUUUUGUCCCUUUCAGAACGCUUGCGAUAAGUACUCUCAGUGCAGGAAUCACGCAACUUGUCAGUCUGGUUUCACCCUCAAGGGAUAUCGAUGCUUGUGUCCUUCUGGAUUCCAAGGAGAGCAUUGUGAAAAUGGUAAUUCUGUUUCUCUAUUUUUAUGAUACCAUGGAAAGCUCUGAUUUAACAUUUGUACCAUAGCUGGGAAAGUACCCAGCUAAAAUUAUUUAUAGAUAAGUUUUUUACUGAGAUAACUUGCUUCACCCUUUAG